GGCCAUCGGGUCUUAUUCCCGGAACAACACACGAACAUGUGCAAGAAAACAAAGUUUUGAUCUUCACAUGCUUGUCUUAUCCUUACCAUAAUCUCAUCUUCUUGUCAUUUGCAAGGUCUUCACGUCAUUUCGUACGGUUCUUGCCGUGAAGGUCACAGCCAUUUAGCGAGAGAAAAAAUGACGGAGAAGAAGAAGAAGUUAGUAGGAUUGGUAUUAUUGUGCGUCGUCUUGGUUUUUGAGGGAGUAGUCUGUACCAGUGUGACUUACGAUGGUAGAGCACUGGUCAUUGAUGGAAAGAGGAGGAUUUUGCAGUCCGGCUCCAUCCAUUACCCGCGAACCACGCCCGAGGUGUGGCCGAAGCUUAUAAGGAAAGCCAAGGAAGGCGGGCUUGAUGUGAUCGAGACCUAUGUUUUCUGGAACUAUCACGAGCCCGUCAAGGGACAGUACUAUUUUGAAGGAAGAUUCGACCUCGUGCGGUUUGUUAAGGCGGUGCACGAAGCCGGUCUCUUCGUCCAUCUGAGAAUCGGGCCAUAUGCUUGUGCCGAGUGGAAUUACGGGGGCUUCCCGAUGUGGCUACACUUCAUUCCAGGAAUUCAAUUCCGCACUAACAAUGCGCCUUUCAAGACCGAAAUGGAGAUUUUUCUCGGAAAAAUAGUCGGAUUAAUGAAGGAGGAGAGUCUCUUUGCGACCCAAGGCGGACCCAUCAUUCUUGCACAGGUAGAGAACGAGUACGGGAAUGUCGAAGGGGCAUAUGGAGUCGGCGGACCAUUAUACGUCCAAUGGGCGGCAGAAACUGCUGUUAACAUGAACACAUCCGUACCUUGGGUGAUGUGCGCGCAAAGCGAUGCUCCGGAUCCGCUUAUCAACACCUGCAACGGAUUUUACUGUGACCAGUUCACUCCGAACUCUCCUUCAAAACCCAAAAUGUGGACGGAGAACUACGUCGGAUGGUUUCUUGCAUUCGGCUACCCAAUUCCGUAUCGACCAGUUGAGGACCUUGCUUUUGCGGUGGCGCGCUUUUACGAAUACGGCGGUACUUUUCAGAACUAUUACAUGUAUUUCGGAGGAAGCAACUUCGGACGAACCGCUGGCGGCCCUUUGGUUGCGACAAGUUAUGAUUACGAUGCUCCUUUGGACGAAUACGGUUUUAUCAGGCAGCCGAAGUGGGGGCACCUCCGCGACCUACACAAGGCGAUAAAACUAUGUGAAGAUCAUUUGGUCAGUUCCGAGCCGACUCAUGUGCAACUCGGCUCCAACUUAGAGGCACACGUCUACAAUAAGUCCUCAAACGACUGUGCAGCUUUUCUUGCAAAUUAUGACAGCAGUCAAGAUGCUACGGUCCAAUUUAACGGGAAUUCGUACUUCCUCCCCGCUUGGUCUGUGAGCAUCCUCCCAGAUUGCAAAACUGCCAUCUAUAAUACUGCAAAGGUUGUUUCACAAAGGACUGUCGCCGAUAACUCAUUUGCUCGUACAACCACUGCGCGAGAGACUUCUAUUGCACCAGCGUCCUGGAGCUGGUACAAAGAGCAUGUUGGUAUCUGGGGCAACAAUUCCUUCACUAGCCCGGGCCUAUUGGAGCAGAUAAAUACGACAAAAGACACUAGCGACUUCCUAUGGUACACGACCAGUAUCUACGUAGAUGAGAAUGGAGCAUCAAAUGAAGAGAAAGAAGGUCUUCUGCUUCUUGUGAGUUUGGGCCAUGCAGCUCUUGUUUUCAUUAACAAACAAGUUGUCGGAUUCGGAUACGGCAACCACGACAUUGCAAAUUUUUCCAUGACUCAGAAGAUUAAUCUUAACCCAGGAAAUAAUACACUGGACGUGCUGAGUAUGAUGAUUGGUCUCCAGAACUACGGGCCCUGGUUCGACGUCCAAGGAGCAGGACCUUUCUCCGUCAUUGUCGAUGGACUUGGAAAUGGUAAAACCGAUCUCUCUUCUGCAGAAUGGACCUAUCAGGUGGGAACUGAAGGCGAACAUCUUGGAUUAGAUAGAGUAGGCAUGGCAAAUAGUUCGUUCUGGACGAAGGGCGAGCUCGUGCCGGUUAACGAGAGCUUAAUCUGGUAUAAGGUGAUGUUUUUGGCUCCUGAAGGAACCGGCCCGUUAGCGUUGAACCUCGCUAGCAUGGGGAAAGGACAAGCGUGGGUGAACGGGCAGGGCGUUGGGCGGUACUGGCCUGCCUAUCUCUCGCCCACGACCGGCUGCACCGACAACUGCGACUACAGAGGAAGUUAUGACGCAUCCAAAUGUCAAAAGGAUUGUGGCAAGCCUGCCCAAACAUUGUAUCACGUCCCGCGCUCUUGGAUAAAUCCGGGACAGAAUCUGCUAGUUCUUCACGAAGAGAUCGGAGGAGAUCCUUCUAAAGUUUCCGUGCUAACACGCACCGGCCAAGAAAUAUGCGCAGUGAUAUCCGAAGCGGAUCCUUCUCCCGUCGAUUCUUGGAAAUCGAAUUCAGAGCUCACGUGGAACGGCCCGCAAGUUCGACUCUCUUGUGAAGCGGGAUGGCUCAUCACUUCGAUCAGCUUCGCUAGCUUUGGGAAUCCUCAAGGAAGCUGCGGCUCAUUUGCUCCAGGAGGUUGUCACUCCGAUGUAGUUUCAACUGUAGAGCAGGUAUGUAUCGGUCGGGAGGCAUGCUCGAUACCUGUAACGACGAAUACACUCGGUGACCUGUGCCCGAAUGUCUUAAAGAGUUUGGCCGUUGAAGCUCUAUGCAGCUAAGGCUAACCCUCCAUAAAGUUCAUUGCUUGCCUUUGUUUCUAGGCUUUCUUCUAUUUUUCCCCCCAAGAGCCUUUGUAUCUCUUUGUAAGAGCAAGAACAAGGCAGUUGUUCAGUCUAUUCCAGUUGUCUCUG